AUGGCAUGCCCCAAAGAGUGCACGUCUGAUAAGGACCAAAGGCACUCGACUUGUUAUGAGGAGCUGUCAGAAUGUGUGGGCCCGAAUCAUCGGACCUUCUUUACGGCCACACUACUUUGCACUCAACGCACUGUUCACAGCGGCGAUUGGGCCAAUGCCCCGCGAGUGCUUGGAAAUAACAAGUACACUCAGGCCUCCUGUGAAGGGAUGGUAGGAAAGUCUGUGUGUUGGUCAAAGAAUGCCCCAAUCCAUGUUUCGGAUGGAUUUGGCCCCCAGGAUCAGAUCCGACAACAAUAUGUAGAUCAAAGGUUGGAAGAAAUUUGGAAUCGUAUGUUUCCUAAGAGCAAUUAUCCUCCUUUAGCUUUGCCUAAAUCUAGAGGAACAGACCUGGAUACUCAGACCGCGGAUAUACUUGCAGCCACCCAUCGGGCCCUUAAUUCCACUAACCCUGACAUGGCAAAGGAUUGUUGGCUGUGUAUGACUAUGGACACACCUAUGCCCCUUGCUAUUCCCUCCAAUUCAACCCCCCAGGCUCUCACUGAUCCUGCUAAUUCUUCCUGUAGUCCCUCUUAUCCCUUUGCAGUGCAGCCUUUGACUUAUCCUGCCCCUUCUUGCCUUCAGGGCAUUCACCAAGACAAUGCAACCUCUAUAGAUGUGGGCUUCGUCACUUUUGCUUCCUGCAGGAUGCUUUUUAACUACAGUGCUCCCCUUUGCCCCACAAGAGGGCAGGUGUUUGUUUGUGGGGCCAAUAUGGCCUAUACUUUCCUCCCAACUAACUGGACAGGGCUAUGUGUCCUGGCCUCCCUGUUGCCUGACAUGGAAAUCAUUGUGGGUGAUCAACCCAUGCCCAUGCCCACGUUUGAUUCUAUCGCCGGCCAUCACAAGAGGGCGGUGGGAUUAAUCCCUAUCUUGGUGGUACUGGGUGUUUCUAGGGCCCUAGCUACGGGCUCCGCUGGAUUGGGAGUGGCGAUGCAUUCCUAUGCCAAAUUAUCCAAGCAGCUGAUAGAUGAUGUGCAGGCCCUAUCCAGCACCAUCCAGGAUAUUCAGGAUCAUGUUGAUUCCCUGGCUGAGGUUGUCCUUCAGAACAGAAGGGGUUUAGACCUGCUAACUGCUGAACAGGGAGGAAUAUGUCUUGCCUUACAGGAAAGAUGCUGUUUUUAUUCCAAUAAAUCAGUCAUAGUUCGAGACAAACUCCGGGAGCUUCAGGAUCAACUACUCAAGCAGAGACAACAGCUUGCGGACGACCCCUUCUCGCUAUGGGGAGGGAUGUUCCCCUACCUUGUACCCCUGUUGGGACCCCUCUUUUCACUCGUGCUCUUGCUCAUGGUAAUCACCCCACGUCUCGACUUGCGGGAUGAGUCAUUGCCCUCUCUGUUGAUUGAGAAUUCUCACACUAAGAAGACAAUUUGA